AGAGGGGCAGGAAGUGCGGCGGAGAAGGCUUGGCAAUGCUGGACCAGUUUGAAUGAAUGCGCUGUGUUGUCACAUUCAUUAAGCAGAGUAAUACAGUUAUGGGUGAAGUGAGGAAUGGGGGCAGUAUGAAAGGGUUCGUGGACGUGCUCACGUUGGGUAUUACGCGGAUAUUGGAAAGCCGCCCAGGUGUCACAGCCGUGAAGUUUGUGCAGAAGGAGCCAGCAGAGCGCCACGUCAUCUUGUCCUGGGAACUGAGGCACUGCUGCAUCCUGCCUGAGGACCUGAGAGAUUUUUACCUCACCACAGAUGGCUUUCAGCUCACCUGGAGCGUCAAGUUUGAUGGGCAGCCCUUGCCGCUGGGUUCCAUGGUUAUCAACAGCGUGUGUGCACUGAGCCCCUUGUGCGAGUCUGCUCUGUACUCCCUGCCCAGCGCACCCACCCUGGCAGACCUGGACAGCGAGUCAGACAGCGAGGGGGUGGAAAGCCAGCCAGAGAAGCCCCAUUUUGAUUCCCGAAGUCGGAUAUUUGAGUUGGACGCUUGCAACGGAAAUGGAAAAGUCUGCCUUGUUUACAGAAACACCAAACCAGAGCUGGUGGCGCAGCAAUGUGAGGUGUGGUUUCUGGACCGCGCGCUAUACUGGCACUUCCUCACUGAGUCUUUCACUGCCUACUAUCGGCUCAUGGUCACCCACCUGGGGCUGCCUGAGUGGCAAUACCGAUUCACCAAGUAUGGGCCCAGCCCACAGACCAAGCAGUGGUCGUGUCUGUACCGGCCCCUCACUUCCAGCUGUGACUCCCAUACUGACCAAGGGGAGCCCUUCCUUAACAAGCUGGAUCCCAACAGAGCUUUCAGGGGCAAAGCCAAGCUGCCCACCCCCAAAAAGAAGAUUGCCACCCAGUCCACAGGGGCUCAGAGAGGGAGGAAUGUGGUGGCCAGCGCUGUCAGGAAGUGAGCUCUCAUACCCCUUGAACAAUUGCCAGAAAGUGACCCCCACAGCAGAGCUGUGGUCAAUUAUAAUUGUAAUUACAUUUAAAGCAGAAUUGUGUGCUGGAAUUGCAAUUACAAUUCAAUUACAGUUACAAUUAUACAGCAGUAAUUACAAUUACACUUAAAAGUUACAUAAACUCCACACAUUAGCAGGUUUACUCUAUCUAUUCUAAAUAACCAGCAAUAAUCACAGGUACACAUACAGACACAUAAACAACGGGGUCCCAAAAAGUGUUUGAAAAUACAAGAAUAAUGAUUGAAUGAUAAUUAAAUCCGCUUUUGAAAUUUGAUUGAUCAAUUAUAGGGUAUAAUUACAAUUGCGGUUAUGCAGGCGUGCCAAGGUUUAACUACAAUUUACAAAUCCAUUGUAACUGCAAUUAAUUACAAAUUGCACAAUUACAUUGAAAUUCACCCCAGGUCUGCCCAGCAUCCCGCCUUACCUAAAUGAGAGGCUGACUUCCAGAAUGUUGUUUCCUGAAGUGCAGCUUGCCAGAAAGCGAGACCUUUGCCAGCCCUUAUUAAAGGAUUCUUCCAGUGCCUGGUUGCUGAUCCAGCCCUUGCCUGUUUAAGCCCCGGGAUGCUUGGGGACGUGGCCUUGUCUUUCCAGUUGACCAUGUUGUGAUUCCUUUUCCAUUGCCGCAUUAGCGGGUUUGACUUCCUGAGUCUUUGUACAAACUUGUGCCUGCUCACCUGUGAUAUGUAUUUAUUUAUCUAUUUAUUAAAGCUGUUUAACCAGGUGAAGAAUGCAUUCCUUCUUUCUACAAGAGAUAAUUGGCGAGUUGUUAGUGCUAAAUUGCAGGUAAGUGAAAAAUACUGUUAGCUAAUAGGACAGGCAGUGUGGUUAGAGCUGAGGACUGGGA